AACGGGAAUUUCCAAAAACAGUGACACGGAAUUAAAUACAAAAAUCGAACAGAACAAAAUGUUAAUUAAUAAAGUAAAAAAAGUUUUGGAUAUAAUAAAAUUAGGUGUCCAAUUUCCAGUUGAGCCGUUUCUAGAGCAGGACUUUAAAUUGGAAAAUACAGCUUCGGAUGUUACCUUUAACGAAACUAAAAGUGAAAUCGAAACCGCCGUGCACGUUUACGACGAUGUGGCACCACAGCCAUCGAAAAGUGACGUAGAAACGACUGUUGAUGCAAUUUCUUUAGGAGAAACUUUAGAAGUUGAAAAGAAAAAGAGCGAAAUAGAAACUGCCGUAUGUCAAACAGUGAUAGAAGAAAUAACUAGCGAUGAUACAUCGAAACCUAUCAGUAUAACAGAUGACGAUUUUAUCGAAGAAGAAUUAGAUAAAAUAGAUGAAAUGAUAGAUCAAGACAAAUUAGCGGAUUUAAACGAUAUUUACCUUAAUAGACCUUUAACUAGAAGAAAUGAAAACGUAAAGUCUAUCGAAGAUAAAUUUCGAACGGUACCUGUUAUUAAAAAUAAUUUAGAUAUGAGCGACUUGGAUAUAGUACAAGCAAAAUUGAGCACAAUUCGUGAUACAGAAAGCGAUAGUACAAGUGACGAUAUUUUCACUGAUUCGUUACCUAAAGAAAUUCCAAACGUCCACUUAAACACCACGUUAAACACUGACACUAAUAAUAUAUCUAAAAAUCCCGAAAAUAUUAAAAACAAACCGGAUAUUCGUAACGAUUUUCCGUUUAAAUCUCACAUAAGAGAUUUCAUAAAUACAUCAAAUAAAUCCGAAAUUGAUUAUCAGCAAACAAAAACCGACCACCCCGUAGAAUAUACAGACGAUUCCGGUCGUGGUACGGAUUUUUCGCGCAAAACCAUAAAAUAUAGAGACACUGCUUCGAAUACCGAAGAAGAAAAUAUCACGAAAAUCCAAAAAAAAAUGAACGUCGCUUGUAACACCGAACGUAAAAUGAACGAUUUUAGUACCUUAACUAAACCACUACAAAUGAACUUUUCUUGUGACGUGGAUCUACCGAAACGAUCUCGUGAUGUUACCUGCAAUACCGACCGGUCGUUAAUCGAAACCAUCGACGCCGUAUGCUCGACAGACGUUCGUACGUCUUCGACGGCAACGCAAAAAUGUCGGUUGGACGGUGUUCGAAUGACGUUUGAAUCCGUUGAAAAUAUCGAUAUUCCUUGUAAUAAUCAUUUAAGAAAAUCGGAAGUGUUGAGAUUCCAGUUGUUACCGCCUGUGAAUAUCGUUAGUCUUCCUACUGUCCAGAAGAUUUUUCAUUUUUAUAUAGAUAAAUAUGGGGAAAGUCACGUUUCUUAUCGUCCAUCGAUAAAAUCUGUUGGUUAUGUUGAAAUACGUUCGCCAUCUUGGGAAGUGAAGGAAAAAGUCAGCGAUCUGUAUAAUGCGAAUGGUUUUAGGGAAAUUAAAAAGACGAAACCGUCAACGCGAAACCCUAAACAUAGAUGCAAAUUUUUCGUCGAACAUGAUACAUACAAUCCCGAUUAUGAAUCUAGUUCCGAAACCGAUAAAACGACAAAAGAUUCCGUCAGUAAAACAAACAAUUUCCGUAAAAUAAACGUAUGUAAAGACGACAGUGAAUUUUACAUAGAAACGAAAAAAAUUGACAAAGAACAAAUUUAUCAAGACAAUACUUGUUUCUACACAACUUACAGCGAUUCUUCGUUAAUCGUCCAAACGAUUAAAGGAGUUUCUGAACAUGUUCUGACAAGUGACAGCGAUACGAAUUCUCGCGUCGAAUCGAUUUCCGAAUCGAAUAAACCGAUUCAUUCGUCGGAUAAUUCGAGUCAUUGGAUCGGCGAAUUCAUAAAUCAGAAUAUCGAGGAACAAUUUUACAAAAAUCAUAUUGAACCGAAUCCGGAGAAUCGUUGGAAAUAUCCAACCGAAAAAACGCGAACUAACUCGGGAUGUUUGACGCAAUUAAGUUCGAAAGACGAUAAACAAUCAAAAAAAUCGUACAAAACGAUCGAAACUCAAACCGUACCGUGGCUACCGGAAUCGAUUUCAAAACCAACGCAUCACUUGUCGAUACAAACUGAUUCCAAAUCGAUUUCAAUACCCGACGAGAAAAAAUCGAUAAACCCACUAAUUCGAUUAGAUACAUCAAUUGAAGCCAUCAAUUACUUAGAUUUUGAGGAUAAAGAUAAAUCUGAAAGUAGUGUUCCAACGAAUAAAAUAAAUAACACUAUUGGUGACCUGGAUAAAAUAAGCGUAACGGUCACUUGUUCGGAAGAAAAAAAAUCUUUCGAAACCGAUAAAAUUCCUGUCAAAAAAACCAAAAAAAUCAAACUUAAACACCCCUCGGGAAAUAAAAAGACACACAACGAAACAUUAAUGGAGAAAAAAAUGAGGAAUAAAAGUAAAAAUAACCAAAGACCAAAAAAAAUGGAUAAAAAUACGUUACAUGGUGAUACAGCAUUAAUGGACGAUAAAUAUAGAGAAAAUAACCUCGUUGAUGAUGUAAUCAGUAAAUUUAGAAACGUUUACAUAGUGGAUAACGAUACUAGUGGACAAAGUUUAUCCGAAGGGGAGAUCAGGUGUUGUUGCACUACAAGUAGCGGGGAAAUUCACGAGUGUAAAUUUCUACGGGAGCGUUCGUUUCAAAAGGAUAUUGGAAUCAAUCCGGUUAAAAAGAAAAACAAUUAUUUCGAUAAUUGGAUAACUUAUUAUUUCAAUAACCAAUCGUUCGUAAAUAAUAGUAGUUCUACGUCAUAGGAAUGUUAUAAUUAAAUUAUCUAUAGACAUUUUUUAGGGUAGGGUGUGAUAGCGUAAGUUGACGUGUUAAAUUUUUCGGUUGUUUUUUUUAGAACCGUAAUUAAAAUUUUUGUAUGUCAUUUUUUUGGCGAUUAAAGUAUGGUUUAUAUAAAAAGAAUCGUUUUUGUUUACUUAUUCCCUAUUAAAAGUGUUUCUUUUUCUUCUUUCACUGCCUUAUCCGUUGCGAUUGGCUAUCAACAAGAUUAUUCUUAUUUUGUUUACGGCGUUUCAGCAUUUGUAGAAUGAGAUGGAAGGAACCUAUAUCAAUCAAUCAAUUUUGAUUAUAAAUAAAGGCCUAGUCACACGAGACCGCACGGCGCUGUA